GUUAGGUCCACAGAGUUAUGAGCCCAACAUCUUAAGCUUGUAAGAUUUCAAGUACAAUUUACACCCAUAAAAUAUCUGUAAGUAGAACUACAGCACCCCUAUCCCCGCACGAAGAGAAAGGAAUGUAUUUCCUCGCGCUCGCGCUGAGCAUCGCCGUCGCCUCCGUAUUCGCCGAGUAUCCCAAGGUAGCAGCAACCGCAAUGGCAGGCGGGGUGCGCAACCAGACGGGUCCGAAGCACGGACGGCUGAAUGCGGGCGAUCGCAAGCAGCGCAACAAGCUGAAGAUCGCAAGUCGAGACCAGGAGACUUCUGCUCAUGAGGAACAGGAUGACGAGCAGGAUGAAUAUGUUUACGAUGAAGACAAUCCUGACUUCGGCGAUGAGGACGAGCAGCCCUGGGAAGCCCAGGAGCACGGCGGGGGAUUCCCGGUGAACGGCCUGGGGUCGAGUGACAAAAAUCAGGACUAUGGUGGGUCUGGCGAGCCGUUUCGCCUACGCCCAAACUCAGGAAGGAUUUUUAUCUCAGGAAGCCCCGGUGGGAAUCCGGGUGGAUCAGGAUCUUUUUAUAGCGGCAACCAGCAACAGGCCCAGGCACCGCAGGAGCUGGAGCUGAAAAAGUUGCCGAAGUACAAGGACCAGACUUCGCUCUUCUACCGCUGGAUCAAUCUUGCAAUGCAGAAAUACCCCGCGGACUACGAGCGUAUUUUGGAUGGCCUGGAGGCCCGAGUCGAAAACUCGGUCGCGUUGUCUCGGUGGAUGGAAAUCAUCGGUCGUGAUGAAAUUGCGCAGAUGCAAAACGCAGAGCGGAAGCUGAAAGCCGCUCGGGAUGCGUACAAGGAGCAGUGGGAGCAGGGUUCGGUCGCUGCGUCGAUCUUGGAAAGCUACAAGCAGCAGGCGACGCAAAAGCCCUCGAAUUUCCACGACGAGUUCAUGAAGCGUGCUGCGAAGGUCGACAGCACGCAGGUUCCCGUGUCCGAACAGAUUCGCAUUAUGGAAAAUAACGCGCUUGGACAUCUGCAGGCCGCGAUGAUUAUGCUGAAGCCGGGCAACAUGUCCGAAGUUGCCGAAGCCGUCAGUCGUGCCGACAAACUGCACCAGAAGCAGCCACCCCAGAAGAACACUGCUGGAGCCAACGCGCAAAAUGGUGGAAAUCAGCAGAGUUCGUUCUACACGAACCAAAAUCAGGGCCAGUGGCAGCAUGGUGGUAACGGCAAGCACAAUGGCGGGAAAGGCAAGGGCCGCCGCGACUUUUGGAAAAAGAAGAAAGGCAAAGGUCGCAAUGGGUGCAACAACUACCGGAACAACUAUCAGAACAAUGGCGGUGGUGGUUGGAACAACAACUACAACCAACCGCAACAAGGUGGUGACCAGAAUUACCAUGCCCAAAACGCAAACUGGAAUCAACAGCAGCAGGGCAACUGGCAGAACCAGGGCGGUGGUCAGAGUUUUGCUGUGCAGCAGCCGCAGCAACAGCACAAUCAGCCGCCGCAGCAGCAGAUGAUGAUCGCAAACCAGCCUUGGAACCAGAACCAACAGCCGAAUCAGGUGCAGUACACCAACAACCAUCCGCAACAGCAGGGUGGACAGUUUUUCGGAAGUUUCGUGGUUUUGGAAAAGAAGGAGUGGAGUUUUGCUGCUAGCCAACCCACGGGCACGCAGGAACGCAACCAGGGGGUUGCUACAAAGUGGGUUCUACUGGACUCUGGGUCGAGCCGCCACUUGACGGGGGACUUGGAGCUGGUUCACGAACACCGGAAUACCCAUGAGGAGUUGAUUACUGCUAGCGAUGCCGCAGCUGUCGCUACUGGAGUGGGAAAAAUGGUCGGUCAAGGUUUCGAGUGUAAGGAUACACUUUUUGUCCCCUCGCUAGGGGAAAAGACCGUUUUGUCGAUGCCCAAGCUGUUAGCCGCUGGCAUUUAUCCGAACUUUCAGUCGGGCACCUGCAUGGGAUAUCCGAUGCAGAUACGCAACGGAAUUCUACAGAUGCAGUUGACAUUCAAACUGAAUCAGAUGGCUACUGAUAGUGUGCUGUUUGUAAGCAUCGGGGGAACUUCGCAGCUGGCGAACAUCCUCUGACUAUCCCACUCCACGCACGACGAGUACGCCGAAUUUAGGCCGUACAGCUAUGAUUAUGCUAAUUCGCCGCUAGAAAUUAAUAUUGAUAGUGAAGACCUCAGCCAAGCCAUUGCAUGCAUAAUCGCACGCAUGUCGCCCAGUUUCAGUGGAAAGACGAUUUUGCUUUACAAGUU